AUGACAGAACGAACUCGAAUGCAUCAAAUAUCGUUACAAAAUAAUGAUAUGCCUAUUCAUAAAUUUAUUCCAAUGGAAAAAUUGGAUUUCAUUCAGUCGAAUCAAGUUCGAAUUCUUUAUUAUCAAAGUCCCAGUCGAUUUUAUGUUUAUCUUCGACAAAAGAUUAACACUCAUGCACAAUUUCAAGUUGAAUUACAAUGUGCUAUGCAAAAUUAUCAAUCAACAACGUUAUCUACACAAUAUAUACGUUAUCAACCUGUUGCUGCACAAGAUCAUCAUGCUAUAUGGCAUCGUGCUACUAUAUUAGGUUUUACUUCUAAUGAAACUGAAGUAUGCAUUUAUUUUGUUGAUGUUGGUGAACAAGAAAAUAUCUCUAUAACAAAUAUUCGUCCAUUACCACAAGAAUUUAUUCGUCAACCAGCAUUUGCAAUACCAUGUCGUUUAUAUCAAAUAUAUCCACUUGAUGGUAAUGAACAAUUAAUAUGGAGAUCAGAUGAUCCAGUACAUGAUGAAUUUAAUCGACUUAUGGCUAAUAAUGCUAGUUGUAAAGUUUGUGAUGUUAAAGAACAAAUAUGCUAUGAUGUUGAAAUUGAGAUUCCUAAAGUGGGAGAUCUUGGAACAUAUCUUUUUGGAAAAAAUCUUGUAUCUCGAAUAACAAUGCGACCUUCUCAACCAACAACUUAUAAUUCAAAUCAAACACAACAACAAACAACUGAUCGAAUACCGCCCGGUUUUUCAGCAAUAUCUUCGUCAACACGUCAGCCACAACCACAGCUACCAAGGUUAACACCACAAAAUGAAUUUUAUAAUAAUUCAAAUAGUACAGUUCCACAACCGCUCAUUCGUGCAUUACAGAAACCGAUUGUUCAACAACCUCUUUCUAGUGCACCAAUAUCGGCUGAUUCAUUAUCAUCUGAAAUUCAAAGUCUUACACCUCAGGACGGAUAUUAUAUAAUAACUCAUGUUUAUAGUGCUAUUGAAUUUUAUGGUCAUUCUCAAGGUCGUGAAAAAGAAUUAGAUGCAUUCUAUAAACAUCUUGAAGAUGUCUAUAAUAAUAAUACAAAUGAUCAAUCAUUAAGUGUACAUUUUUUAAUGGAAGGUAUACCAUGUGUUAUUCAACAAGGUGAUAAAUAUCAUCGUGUUACUAUCAAACAUCGUGAAAGUGAAUCACGAGUAUUAGUUAAACUGAUUGAUCGUGGUGAUGAAAUUAUUGUUGAUACAUCAGAAUUAUUAAAACUUGAAAAAAAAUAUUUUUCAAUACCAGCAUUUGCACAACCAUUUCGUUUAUAUAAUUAUGAUGAAUCACAUAGUACAGCUAAUAUAACACGUAAAUUAAAAAGAUUAAUUCUUAAUCAACGUGUUCAUAUAACACAACAUUUACCAACAAUUAAUGGAUUUUAUCCAGUUGAAGUUAAAUUAUCUGAUAAUCAAUUAGUUAAUCAAAUUCUUCUUUCGAAUGAUAAUAAUCCAAUAAUUUCACCACCGAUGAGAUCUACGGAAUUACAACCGAUAAAAAUUCAACAAGAUAUGAAUACACAACGAAUCAAUGAUGAUUUACCAGCACCACAAAAAUUAUUAACAGCAGCAGCACCAGUAUCUGGACGUACACAACCAGGUCGUUUUACGACAAAAUCUCCUGUUGUAAAUGAACCAACAUCACGUUUUUCACGAUCAGAACAACAAGAUGAAUCACGUCCAUUUGGACAACAAACACAGACAUUUACAUCAAGAACAGCAAAUGGAUUUCAACAAUUAACAAAUGAACAAAAUCGUUCAGCUAGUCGUGGAUUUUCUACUGAUGAACCACAAACGAAUCAACGAAAUGGAUUCGGAAAUAAUCGUGGAGGUGGUUUUGCUGAUCGAGGAAAUCGUAAUGGUUUUAGUGAUCGAAAUUUUGAAAAUAAAAAUGAAAAUAGUAUGCAACGAACAGGAGGAUUUACUAAUCGUACUGGUGGUUUUGCUGAACGAGGUUCUCGUAAUGAAGGUUUUCAUGAUCGUCAUAAUGAAAAUCGUAAUAAUCAAGAUGAAGAUAAUAAUGAAAAUAGUAAUACACAACGGUUUGGUAAUCGUGGUGGAUUCAGUGGAGAACGAGGAAAUCGAGGUGGUGGAUUUCAAAGUUUUCAUGACAAAGAAAGUAGUGGAGACAGUGGACGAAGAGGUGGUCGUGGUGGCCAACGAGGAGGUCGAGGUGGCUUUAACGACCGUGGUGAUCGAGGUGGUUUUAGCGAUCGUGGUGGUCGAGGUGGUUUUAACGACCGUGGUGGUCGAGGUGGUUUUGAAGAGCGUGGUGGCCGAAGAGGUUUUGGAGAGCGUGGUGGUCGAGGAGGAGGUCGUGGUGGACGUACCGGUGAUUUUGAAGAUCGUAAUGAUAAUGAAUAUCGAUCAAAUUCUGAUAAUAAUGAUACAAUGAAGACAUUUAGUGGUUGGCCAAAUGUUAAAUCGACUGUAAAAUCUUUCGAAGCCGGUGAUCAUUUUCUUGACAACGAAAUUCCUCAGGAAACAUUUCAAUUUGUUAUAAGUCAUAUUGAAACAUCAAAUGAUUUUUUUAUUCAAUUAUAUUCCAAAGCAGAUGAAUUAUCUACACUUAGCGAUACAUUACAAAAUGAAUAUAAAAAUGCACCUGAAGUAACUUUUAAUUCACUUGAAAUCAAUCAAGCUUGUUUAGCUAAAAGUUCAGAUCAAUGUUGGUAUCGUGCUAUUAUUCUUUCAAUUAAUUUAACUACAAUCAAUGUUCGUUUUAUUGAUUUUGGUGAUACAAUUGAUGUUGAUAAAAAAUCUAUAAGACAAUUAGAAAAAAAAUUGUCUUUAACACCACCUUAUGCUUAUCGUUGUAUGUUAGAAAAUGUUGAAGUAAAUGAAAAUAUUGAUAGAAAUAAAAUAAUUGAAAAAUGUGCUGAUCAAAUAUUUAAUGGUAAAAUUCAAAAAAAAUUAUCCAAUAAUAAAUAUCUUCUUCAAUCAGAUAAUUUUCAAAAAUCAAUGAUUGAUAUUAAUGCAAUUAAAUUAAUAUCUAAAACAAAUAUUAAAUGUCAUAUUGUUUAUAUUAAUAUAGAUAAAUAUGAAUUUUAUAUACAAGAUGAUAAUGAAACAAUGACAAAAAUUAAUAACGAAAUAACAACAACAACAACAACAAAUGAAAUUUCAUUAGAUGAUAUUCAAAUAAAUACAAUGGUUAUUUCAUUAUAUAAUAAUAAACUUUGUCGAGCUAUAAUUCAAGCAGAUUUAAAUGAAAAUGUUCGUCUUUAUUUUGUUGAUUAUGGUGAUACAAAUAUUUGUUCAAAAACAUCAUUAAAACAAUGUAAUGAACAAUUAAAAACAUAUCCAUAUCAAGCUAAACGUUGUCAAUUAUAUGAUAUUUCAUCAAAUAUGUUAGAUGAAGCAUUUAAAAAACUUCAUGAAUAUAUACAAUCAGAUAAAAUAGAAAUUUCUAUUGUUAAUCAAGAUGAUACAAAUUUAUUUCAUGUUCUUCUUUAUAUUGAUGGUGAAUGUUUUAAUGAAAAAUUUCAUAAAUCAUCAAUUAUUAUUGAUCAAUAUGAAACAAGUAGUGAUAUUAAUGAUCAAUCAAGUACAACAACAGCUACAACUGUUAAAGAUCAAGAAAGACCAAUGAGUGCAACAGGAAAAAGAAAUAGUGCAGAAAUAUCAUCACCAGGUGGAAAUUCAUUAAAUGCAUCAAUGAAUAAUAAAAGACAAAAGAGCGAAUCAGAAACGGACGUAAAUUUAGUAAAAUAUUAUCGAGGUAUUCUUACACAUCUCGAUGAAAAUAAACCAUUGGUUUAUGUUCAAUUAUUACCCGAAUCGGAAUCUAUGAUAGAACAAAUUAAUGAUUUAAUUGAUAGUAUUAUUCAAGAAAAUAAACAAAAUUCUUCAUAUGAAAUUGGUGAUUAUGUUAUUGCUCAAUUUACUGAUGAUAUGAAUUGUUAUCGUGCUCGUAUUGAAUCCUAUUCAGAUUUAACACAAAAUUAUACAGUCUAUUUUCUUGAUUAUGGAAAUCUUGAUAAAAAUGUUCCAAAAACUCAUUUAUAUUCAUAUACAAAUGAAUUAAAACAAAUUAAACCACAAGCUCAUGGAUAUUUAUUAGAAAAUCUUACAUCUCAAAUAUGGAUUAAUAAAGUUCGAUCAUUAAUUGAAAAUAAAUUAAAUGAAGAAAUUGAAUUUUAUUUUAUUGAUGAAAUUAAAUCUAUAAUACAUAUGAAAUUUGAUGAUGAAAAUCAAAUAUAUACAAAUGAAAAUAAUCAACCAAAAACAUUUACAGCAAAUAUAUCAGGUAUAAAUAAUGAUUGUUUUUAUAUUCAUAUAUUACCCGAUGCUGAUACACUUAUAUGUGAAAUGGAUGAAUUAUUACAAACAUAUGAAAAAGAACAUAAUAUAUUAAAAUUAUGGUCUAUUAAUGAUUUAUGUAUUGUUUAUAAUAAUGAAUUAAAUCAAUAUUUUCGUGGAAAAAUUCUUUCAAUUAAUAAUGAUAAAUAUAAUAUUCAAUGUAUUGAUUAUGGAAAUAUAAUAAAUGAUAUAACAAAUGAUAAUAUUUAUUUAUUACCAAAUAAUGAUAUAUUAAAACAAUUACCAUUAGCACGACAAUGUCGUUUAUAUGGUGUUAAUAAUAAAAAUCAAAUAAAAGCAAUUGAAGAUAUUAUUAAAAAUAUACAUCCAACAGAAUGUGUUACAAUAACAGUUGAAAAUGAUCAAAAUGAUCAAUGUAUGGAUGUUAUGUUAUUUAGAGAAAAUGAUGAAAUUGUUAAUGAUCGAUAUCAAGUUGAUGAUGAUACCACACAAGAUACAGAUGCUGAUAGACAAAAUGAUAUAUUAACCAAUACAUCUGAUUCAGCUAUAGCAGCUGAUGAUGAUACAUCAAAUAUUGAUGUUAUAACAGUAAAAAAUGAUCAACAUUUAAUAUCACCAAUUGGUAUUCCUCAAGCUGAAAGUACACAUCAAUUUGGUGAUUCAUCAAAUGUUACACUGAAUAAUUCUUCAUCAUCAAUAACAAUAAAUCAAACAAUUGAUUUUGGUGAAAAUGAUCCAUCAACAUCGAAUACAACACUAAAAGAUGAUACUGAAAAUGAAAAUAUAUUAAAUUAA